GUGGCCUUCUCAGACCAGCAAGCAGGUGGCUGUUACAGGUCCUUCCUCAGGACUGACCUCCUCCUGCCCAGGGAGGGGGUGGGAAAGGCGGGUUGGAGACGCCUGAUGUCACACAGCCCUACAUAAGGGCCUCCUUUAGACUCCUGCGGGUGGUUUGGAAGCAGCUGGAGGAAUGAAUUAGGUCCUGGUUGUGGGUUUUGUUUUUUUUUUUAAGUCAGACACAGACACAGCUGUUGAGCAAAAUGCAGACUCCACAGAAAACCCAAAGCCUCAGACCCUUCAAGCAGAGGAAGAGUUUAGCAACCAGACAAGAGGAAGUUGCUGGAAUCCGGGCAAAGUUCCCAAACAAGAUCCCGGUGAUAGUGGAGCGCUAUCCCAGGGAAAAGUUCCUGCCUCCGCUGGACAAGACCAAGUUCCUGGUCCCUCAAGAGCUGACCAUGACCCAGUUCCUCAGCAUCAUCCGGAGCCGCCUGGUCCUGGGGGCUUCUGAAGCCUUUUACUUGCUGGUGAACAAUAAGAGCCUGGUCAGCAUGAGUGUGACCAUGGCAGAGGUCUACAGGGACUACCAGGAUGAGGACGGGUUCGUGUAUGUGACCUACGCCUCCCAGGAGAUGUUCGGCUGCCUGGGCUCCGGGAAGACCCUGCCGUCCUCUGCAGAGCAUGUCUAGAACCUGUUCUCAAACCUGCGGAGACAUGGACCAGCCCCAGUGUGUGCGGCAGGCAGUGAUCAGCACCAGCCAUCAUAGGGACACCUGGCCACCCCUGUCUCCUUUGUGAGGCUCCAGGCUCCCAUGUGCUCCAUGUAAGAUGGCAUGCUGGCUCUUGGGAAUCGUGUAAAUAGUAAGUCCUUUCUAAGUAGAUCUUUAUGGUUCUCUGACGAUGAACCGGAGAAGGAUCUAAGUGUCUUGUGUGGUGGAGGCCGGCAGGCUCUUGGGGAGUCUGGUGUCACCCUGUGUGGGCAGGAGUCCUGUGUGCACUCGGUCAUUGGGAACUUCGGCCUGAGGACGGGUCUCAGGGGAACCCCCGCGUUCUUCAAGGGGCAGGGGUCCUUAUCUGUGUCAUUCCAGAGACGAUUGUUGUAUUUUCACAGCCUUUACUCCACCUUCUUUUCUCUCAGAUUCUGUUUUAUCUGUUUAUACCAUAUGGAUUUAUGCCAAAGAUACAACUGAUCAAUAUAGAGUCACUUAACUCGUACAUGUUUGCUCUGUGCCAGCUAUGUAAGCAGGUCACGUGUCUUAGUGUUUCAUCACAACUCUCUCUGGUUAAUUAUUGUUAUCACCAUUUCACAAUGAGGAAACUGAGGCCCAGAGAGAUAAAAAAUGUUUUCCAAAUUCACACAACACAAUCUGCUGGGACUCGAGCCCAGAGAGUCUGGCUUUGGAAGCCACACUCCUAGCCCUCUGCGAGGCCCUCCAUCUGAUGAGGUUACUCUGCGAGUUCAGACUGGCUGCUUGAGCCACAGAGCCCACUUUCAUCAACUUAGCCCACCAGGGAGACUUGCAACCUGGGGAGUGUAGCAGAGCUCGGAACUCAUGGAACGAGUGACAGCGGGUGUUUGGUUUAGCAGCUGCAGCACCAAGUAUGAGCACUCCAACUGUGC